AUGCCCUCAGACGGCGUCCCAGCGGGACGGGCCGCGACGCGAACCCCUGAACCGCCCGACCGGGACGGAUACGAAAACUCACCACCACGGUUGAGACCGAAGCGCACCACCAAACCACCCAAUGACUAUGCACAAGAGCAAGAGAAAGAAACCGAGCAGAGGAAGACACGCUCCCAGCAGAAGAGGAAAACUCAGAAGAGGCCAGCAGCUCAACGCGACGCACCAACCGGAGAUGAAUCCGCAACUGAGAGCGAGGACCUGGGCGAGGACCUGGACACAGCCAAACUUGUAAAAGAGCUUAUCAAACUCAGAAAAGAGAUUAGACGACGAGAUGAGAUGCAUAAAGAGGAGCUAAAGAAAGUUAAAGAAGAAUUUAGUGCCGCCCUUGCAGAUGUUCGACAGGAGAUGCAAACUCUGACACUACUAUCCCGCUCUGAGUCAUGCUCGCAAAGCAGCCACGAUGAUAUCCUCCGCGAAAUCCAAUCCCUACGCACUUCAAUCACCACUUCGGAUUCUGCAAACCAUCUAUCCUAUGCAGAUGUUGCCCGCACGCCUCCGACCAGUCAACCGAGCAACAUACGGACUUUGUCAUCGUUUAACACGACACCGACAACCUUCACCGAUACGUUAUAUUGCACGAUAGACACCUCAAAGAUGGCAGAUAACGAAAGUGAUAGAACAUCUGCUGGCUCAAUUAGGGCAGCAGUUGAGAAAGAGAUCCGGACAAUGGAAAACUACACGAACUGGAGAUGCCGCGCUGUGACCGUGGAUCCAAAGAACACCUACCGGAUUAGAAUUGCUUGCCGAGAUGAAGCUGAACAUCAACUAGUUAAGAAAGCUGCAGAAGCAAAGAUUGGCGCAGGAGCCCGAGUGCUGCGUGACGAGCUUUACCCAAUCAAAGUCGACAGUGUCAGGAAGGCAGCAGUCCUAGAUGAAAAAGAUGAGAUUAGAGCCGGAGCCGCAGCAGCCUUCAGUGAGGAGAACGACACCACGGUUGCCAAGAUCGCAUGGCUCAGUAGUAAACAGAGUGCGAAGGCCUAUGGCUCUAUGGUAGUAUACCUAACCAAAGGCUCUGAUGCACGGAGGCUUCUGGCCGACGGGUUCUUCCACGCUGGGGGAGAGUCUGGCGUAACCAGCGUCUUUGAAUAUCGACCACGACCGGCACAAUGCUACAAUUGCCAAGAGAUCGGCCAUAAGGCAUUCCAAUGCAAGAACGCCCAGAGAUGCGCGAAAUGCGCCAAGGAAGGCCACCACCAUAGCAAUUGCAACGAAAUGGUCCUUAAACUCCGAGUGAUCCAGCUGAAUGUAAGGAAACAGGGUGCAGUGCAUGAUAGUUUGAUGAACGACAAAGAAAUUCAGGACGCAGUGGCGUUAGCGAUUCAAGAACCCCAAGCGCGGAUGGUUCAAGGCCGACUCUUGACUACCCCGAUGGGACACCACAAAUGGACGAAGAUGGUCCCUUCCGCAUGGAGAGAAGGCCGGUGGGCAAUUCGAAGCAUGCUCUGGGUUAAUAAGGAUGUAGAGGCGGAGCAAGUGCCAAUAGAAUCUCCGGAUCUGACAGCAGCGGUCAUUCGGCUUCCCGAGCGUUUGAUUUUGAUGGCAUCAGUCUAUGUAGAGGGAGGGGACGCCCAGGCUUUGCGUGACACGUGCAAUCAUCUACGCAAGGCAAUCACAAAGGUAAGGCGAACCACGGGCACAGUGGUGGAGGUUUUGAUUGUGGGAGACUUUAAUCGACAUGAUCAAUUAUGGGGAGGAGAUGACGUGUCGUUGGAAAGACAGGGCGAAGCAGAUCUAAUCAUUGACCUCAUGAAUGAAUUCGCCCUCACUAGUCUACUGAAACGAGGCACAAAGACAUGGCAGGGGGGAGGACAGGGUGGAGACUACGAGUCCACCAUCGACCUCGUCCUCGCCUCCGAGAAUCUGACGGACUCUAUGGUCAAGUGUGCAAUCCACGGGACAGAGCACGGCUCGGAUCACCGCGCAAUUGAAACCGUGUUUGAUAUCCCGAGGCCGGGUCCGAACCACCAGGAGCGACUUCUACUGAAAAACGCGCCAUGGAAGGAGAUCAAUGCCAGAAUCGCACGAGCCCUAGACAGCACCCCGGCGCAAGGCACAUUGCAGCAGAAAACCGACAGACUAAUGUCAGUCGUCUUGGAAGCAGUCCAUACCUUGACUCCAAAGGCCAAGCCGUCGCCAUACGCAAAGCGAUGGUGGACAACAGACUUGACACAGCUCCGUCAUAUAUACACAUACUGGAGAAAUCACGCCCGCUCAGAGCGACGGGCAGGACGGAAAGUCGCAUACCUAGAAAAGAUGGCGGAAAGUGCGGCAAAGCAAUAUCACGAUGCUAUCCGGCAACAAAAGAAAAAACACUGGAAGGAAUUCCUUGCAGACAAUACCAAUAUAUGGAAGGCCACCAAGUACCUGAAAUCAGGAGAGGAUACAGCAUUCGGAAAGAUACCACAGCUGAAGAGAACAGAUGGAACCACCACCACUAAUCAUGAGGAACAAGCAGAAGAAUUAUUAGCCAAAUUCUUUCCUCCCUUGCCAGACGAUAUUGAUGAUGAAGGACCUAGACCACAAAGAGCACCAAUAGAGAUCCCCGCUAUCACUAUGGAGGAAGUAGAGCGACAGCUAUUCGCAGCGAAAUCAUGGAAGGCACCGGGAGAAGACGGCCUGCCUGCGAUAGUUUGGAAGAUGACAUGGCCCACUGUCAAGCACACAGUCCUUGACCUAUUCUCCACGUCGCUGGAAGAGGGCACGUUACCAAGUCAGUGGAGACAUGCAAAGAUCAUACCGCUCAAAAAGCCGAAUAAGGAGGACUACACGACCGCGAAAGCCUGGAGACCGAUCUCACUUCUAGCGACACUGGGCAAGGUACUAGAAUCCGUGGUUGCAGAAAGGAUCUCCCACGCAGUGGAGACAUACGGCCUGCUCCCCACGAGCCACUUUGGAGCUCGAAAACAGCGAUCGGCUGAACAGGCACUCCUGCUCCUGCAGGAGCAAAUCUACACAGCCUGGCGUGGCCGUCGAGUCGUAAGCUUGAUCAGCUUCGAUGUCAAAGGAGCCUACAAUGGGGUCUACAAAGAAAGACUACUCCAGAGGAUGAGAGCGCGAGGCAUAGCAGAAAAGCUGAUCCGGUGGAUCGACGCGUUCUGUUCGGCACGGACGGCGACCAUCCAGAUUAAUGGGCAGGAGUCCGAGGUUCGCAUCCUCCCACAGGCGGGACUACCGCAGGGCUCUCCUCUAUCCCCAAUCUUGUUUCUCUUCUUCAACGCAGACCUAGUACAACGACAGAUCGACAGCCAGGGCGGAGCGAUUGCUUUCGUGGAUGACUUUACCGCAUGGGUGACCGGGCCCACUGCGCAGAGCACCGGGAAGGAUGAAGCGAUCAUCACGGAAGCGCUCGACUGGAAAGAAGGAGUGGAGCGACCUUUGAAGCCGAGAAAACGGCUAUUAUACACUUCACCCCUAAAGCACAUAAAUUGGAUCAAGAACCUUUCACCAUCAAGGGACAAACCGUCAGACCCAAAGAUCAUACUCAAAUACAAGGAACACAUCGCGAGAGCCGCAUCCAAGGGCUUAGAAGCAGCGAUGGAGCUCAGACGGCUCAGAGGUCUAUCCCCGGCAACAGCGCGACAACUAUUCACAUCGACUGUUACUACAGUCAUGGAUUACGCCUCUAAUGUUUGGAUGCACGCUUUUAAAGAUAAGGCGAUUGGUCCAAUCAACCGCGUCCAAAGGGUAGGAGCGCAAGCGAUUGUGGGAACAUUCCUCACCGUUGCAACCAGCGUGGCAGAGGCAGAGGCUCACAUUGCCACUGCACAAAGCCGGUUCUGGAGACGGGCCGUGAAGAUAUGGACGGAUAUCCACACCCUGCCAGAAACCAACCCCCUUCGCAGAUGCACCGAUCGGAUCAGGAAAUUCAGAAGAUUUCACCGCUCACCGCUAUAUCAGGUGGCAGACGCCCUGAAGAAUAUUGAAAUGGACACGCUGGAAACUAUUAACCCAUUUACACUAGCACCGUGGGAGGAGCGAGUACAGACCGAUAUUAGUGAACCCCCAGAAUCGCACACUGUAGCGGGCGGAUCAAUGCAGAUCGCGGUAAGCAGCUCGGCACGGAACGAGGUUGUAGGAUUUAGUGGAGCAAUCUAGAGGAAA